GCAGCCUGCAGCGGGGCCUACGAGCGCACCUUCGUGGCCAUCAAACCGGACGGGGUCCAGCGGCACCUGGUCGGGGAGAUCAUCCGGCGGUUCGAGAGGAAGGGCCUGCAGCUAGUGGGGCUGAAGCUCCUGCUGGCCUCGGAGGAGCUGCUGAAAGAGCACUACAUUGCUCUUCGUGACCGUCCCUUCUACAGCCGGCUAGUGAAGUACAUGAGCUCUGGGCCCGUGGUGGCCAUGGUCUGGCAGGGCCUGGACGUGGUCAAGACAGUUCGCACAAUGAUUGGGGAGACUAACCCAGCCGAAUCCAGGCCUGGCACUAUCCGAGGAGACUUCUGCGUUGAAGUCAGCAAGAAUGUGAUCCACGGCAGUGACUCAGUUGAGAGUGCCCAGCAGGAGAUUUCCCUCUGGUUCCGCCCAGAGGAGCUGACUUGCUGGGAGGACAUGGCCGAGCACUGGAUCUACGCAUGA